CCCUUCACAGCCACCAUGAGUAAGUGUGCAGAUGAACAUCAGAUCCGGGAAAAGCUGGGGCAACUGAGAUGUCACUUCACGUGGCAGCUGUUAAUUGAAGACGCUGAGGUGCCUAACUUAGAAGAGAGGAUCUCAGAAGAGAUUCAAUUUCUAGAGACCAGCUACAAUGUGGGAAUUCACAAUCUAUUGGCCUAUGUGAAACAUCUACAAGGCAAGAAUGAAGAUGCCCUGGAGUGCCUGGAAGAAGGUGAGAAUUUGUGCCAGAGAGACCAAGCUGAACAACCAGAUGUGAGAUGCCUGGUGACCUGGGGCAACUAUGCCUGGGUCUAUUACCACAUGGGCAGAUGGGAAGACACACAGAAGUACCUGGACAAGGUGCAGGAGAUUUGCAACAGGUUUGAAGAUUCUUCCCGCUAUAGAGUGGAGUGUCCUGAGAUGGACUGUGUGGAAGGAUGGGCCUUGCUGAAGUGUGGAGGAAAGCACUAUGAACGGGCCAAGGCCUGCUUUCAAAAGGCUCUGGAAGUGGACCCUGAAAACCCUGAAUUCAACACUGGCUAUGCAAUUGUCACCUACCGCCUGGAUUACGCAGCCAAAGGACUAAACAAUAUCAGCGAGGCCUUCUCCCUUCCUCCCCUCAGAAAGGCCAUCAGCCUCAACCCACAAGAUGGGUACCUGAAAGCUCUCCUUGCUCUGAAGCUGCAGGAUGUGGGAGAGGAAGCAGAAGGACAAAUGCACCUUGAAGAAGCUCUGACCCAUGGGUCCUCACAGACCUAUGUGUUCCGGUAUGCAGCCAAGUUUUACCGCAGACAGGGUCGUCUAGAUGAAGCUCUGAGGUAUUUAAAAAAGGCCUUGAAGGCAACACCCAACUCUGCCUUGCUUCAUCACCAGAUGGGACUCUGCUACAGGGAUCAAACGAUCCAAAUAAAGAAGUCUACCAACAGGCAGUUUCAAGGGCAGAGUAGAAGAGAUGUGGACAGACUGGUUCAAUUAGCCAUAUUUCAUUUUGAGUAUGCUGUGAAACUAAAGCCCUCAUUUGAGAUUGCUUAUGUUGACCUGGCACGCACAUAUAUACAUGCAGGAGAUCAUGAAAAAGCUGAAGACACUUUCCAAAAAGUGCUAGGCAUAAUACCAGGGCAACAAUACUCUUUGCAAUAUAUGCAUUUCUACUAUGCUCAGUUUCUACAAUUUCAAAAGAAAUCUGAAGCAGAAGCAAUUAACCAUUAUUUAAAAGCAAUAAAAAUAGAACAGAAUUCCUUUAUCAAGGAUAAAAGUAUCGAUGUUGUGAAACAAUUGGCCUUGAAGAAAUUAGAGAGCAAUGAAUCAGAUCCAGAAGGCUUGAGUCUCCUUGGGUUGGUCCACAAGCUGAAAGGAGACCUCAGUGAAGCCCUAGAGUGCUAUGAGCAGGCAUUGAGACUAAAUCCUGAGAGGGAGAAGGUUGUAGGGUGUAGCCUCUAGAUGAUCAAUUAUCAGCCACUUUCCUAUUGCAUUUGAUUUUAGGUUAAGAUGUAGCCAUUAUCUCCUGCUUGCUGGU